UUUUGCACACAGCAGUUUGUUUGUUUGUUUGUUUGUAUUUCCAAGUUAAUUCAAACACACAUCGCUCAUCCUCCGUCGUCCGUCUCCUCAUCGCGCUUCUCGCUGAAUCCAACUUCUCUGAACAGACAGACAGACAAAAAGAAAACCCUAAAAUGGAUGGGCAUGAUUCUGAGGAUUCUUCUAAGCAGAGCACUGCUGAUAUGACUGCUUUCGUCCAAAAUCUUCUGCAGCAGAUGCAAACCAGGUUCCAAACGAUGUCCGACUCCAUCAUCACAAAGAUCGACGACAUGGGAGGCAGAAUCAAUGAGCUGGAGCAAAGCAUCAAUGACCUAAGAGCAGAGAUGGGAGUAGAAGGCACUCCUCCUCCUCCCUCCAAAUCAGGCGAUGAACCCAAAACACCCGCUGAUUCCACUUGAAAAACUAAUGUCAUGAUCCUCUUUUGUUAUGGAUGCAUCUGCUGAAAAACCUAUGAAAUUUGUUAACAGUUGUGUUACUUUUUUAAAAGACAUGAAUAUCUUGUUGGAGUUCAUCACAUAGAUUCUAUUUGAUGAUGUGGUGGUACAUUACACUUA